AUGAUUCUAAUAACCGCAACCACACCAAUCGCUCCGGCUCCGACGAUCCAAUUCCAAACCCUAUCCCCAAAUCUCCCUCCCGCACUCCACACCAUCCGGCUCGGACCGGCCCGGCGGCGCAGAGCCCUCCGAAUCUCCUGCACCAAAGAGACCGAAACCCCCAGCGAGCAAUUGCUGGCCGCCGAAUUCAGCCUCGAGAUCAAGCGAUUGAAUUCCGAGAUCGCUCAGCGAGAAGACGCCUUCAGAAAAAGCAAGGAGCUCCUGUUCGCCGAGAUCUCCGAUUUCGCCGGAUUGAAACCGGAGGAUUUCAGCGGCAAGUGGCGCAGGAUGGACGACGAUGAGAAAUUGGUUUUGGUUAGGGGUUUUGUGGCGGAGUGGAGCGCACAUUUUCAUCCGUUAUCGGCGAGGUCUGUCAAGGAAUUGGUGGAGGAGUACGUUGCUGGAAUGACGGAUUUGUCGGAUUCUGGUAAUUUGCUCUCUGGUUUGGGGAAAUUGUUUGGAUUUGGUAGCGAUGAUAUUCAUAGCUAG